AUGCGAACUGAGGCCUACAUCAAAGAGUCGAUGCGCAUUUUCUCGCUGCUCGCUUCUCCGCAGACGACUCCCCUCCAAAAAGCCGAACUCAAUUUCCGUUUCCUCUCCAUGAACAAAACCCCCUUCCGCUGCGUCCAAGUCAAAAACAUCCCCGCGGGAAAUCUCCGCAUCGCCUCCCUCGCGAAACACUUCCAAUACUACGGCGACAUCACCAACAUCACUCUCGACGAGGCUCAACACUCCGCCGUGGUCCAAUUCGAGCACUCCAAAGCCGCCUACGCCGCCCUGCGGUCACAUUCUGCCGUGUUCAAGAACCGCUUCGUAAUCGUGGAACCACUGUACAACCCGAACGACCCCGCCACCUUCGAAAAACUCCCGCGGAAGCGCGGAGAAAAGGGGAAACCGAACCCCUCCCGCGCCUCCUCUCCGGGCGUUUCAUCCGGUGCAGGCGUUUCAUCGAAACCGGGCGCGUCUUCCUCAGAUCCUUCGAAUUCUUCGAAGCCUUCAGAGCUCUCCGAGCCUUCGGAGUCUUCGGAGUCGGCGAUGAAGCUGGUGGCGACGCGGCAGCACUUGCAGCAGGAGGAGAUCGCGGUGAUCCGGUCCAGCAUUCAGAAGCGUCUGGAGCUGCUGCAGAAAUACGCGCUGCUGGCGCAGACGAUCGCGCCGGCGGAGCUGCCCAAGCUGCGGACGAGUCUGAGCCAGCUGCUGGAGCCGCUUUAUCAGGAGGCGGGAGCGCUGUACGAGCUGCUGAAGACGUCGGGGAUCAAGGAGGAGGGCAGCGAAGGGCCGGAGAGCGAAGUGAAGCGGCUGCUGUCCGCCGUGUUCCAGCUCUUCGAGGACUCGGAGCUGUUUGCCGAGCUGAAAACCGCGGUGACGUCGCGGCUGUAUUCCAUCUUCGAGAAGCAGUACCGCCAGCUCAAUCGCUCGAAACGGCCCUUCGCGGGCGCGUCUGGGUUCUCGAAGAAGCGCCGCGCGGCGAUGUACGAGAUCGAUAAUCGUCCGCGGAGCAUCCGCAUCGCGCAGCUGCCCGCGGGAGCCACGCAGGACGACGUGGCCGUCGCUUUAAAGGGGUUUUUCGGAGUGCAGCGGAUCGACGUGGAGGGCGGCAGCGCCACGAUCUCCUUCCUGCAGCCCUGGCAGACCACCAAGCCCGUCCGAGGCGGUCUUUGGAUCCGCAAUCAGAAAGUGUAUCCGGAGGUGGUCGCGAUGCAGUCCAGCACCCCCGCAGCCGCUUCUCAGCAGCCGCAGCCCGCUCCUUCGACGGGCCCAGCGGGGACUUCAGAGCCGGCAGGAGCGUCCGAAGCGAUGGGAUCGGGCGCGCUAUCGACCAGCGAAUCGCAGGGAGCGACGCCUGCUCCCGCUUCUUCUUCUUCCAAUUCUGCUAGUUUUUGCUCUGUGUGUUGA